AUGUACAACAACCAAAAGGAAAUCCUUCAAAAGAACCAUGUUGCUUUGGUGAAUGAGCUGGAUCCAAACGACAUAUUUGAUCAAUUACAACAAGACGGAUUAUUUACAGAGAGUGAUCAUGAACUUAUCAAUACGGGUAAAACCAGAAAGGAAAGAUGUUUUAUGCUACUAGCAAUUCUUCCCAGGCGUGGCCCGUGUGCGUAUGAUUCACUUAAGAAAGCAUUAACACAUAAUUAUUCUCAUUUGGAAAAAUUGCUUCCUGAAACGUCUUCAAAUAAUAGCACGAUAAAUGACUUACGUGUAAACGUCUCCUACAAAGCAAAUUACCGACAAGAAUCGGAAAAUUGUCGAAACAACGGAAUAUGCCACAGGUGUCAACCGUACCUGCCAGCUACCUUUAGCAACACAGGUUUAGAUAAUGUCAUACAGAAACAUUGUUGUUUGAUAUUAGAAAAUGUAGAAGCGAACGAUUUAAUACAUUUGUUUUAUCAAGAAAAUAUUAUAGAUAUGAACGACUGUGAAUGGAUCAGAUCGAGGAACACCCGAAGAGACAGAUGUAUUGCGUUCUUACAGAAACUAUCAAAACGCGUAAAUUGUAAGAUGCUGAAUGUUUUCAAAGAGUCAUUGAAGAGAAAAUAUGCCUUCAUAGCCGAUAGGAUUGACAUAGUCAGUGAAGAAGUCACGGAAGUGCAUGUAUCUUCAGCGAAUGCUAAAAGGAAUGACCGGAAAUCAUAUUUCAUUCUCCCUAAAGUAAUGCCGGGAGAAACAUCGGACUUUCCAGUGCCUGAAAGGAUUUCCUCUCCGUUGCCUGAAUGUGUUUUAACAGACACCACAGACGAAUGUAACGAUAGUUUUGAUGAACUUGACUUAACGGAAAAGCUCGAUAGAAAACUCUCUAUCAAAACUCGAUUUUGGAACUCAACAUAUUCUCAUUCGAACUGUCGUGUCCCAUCAACGUUUUCAGCUGACAUUUUAGAGAACAACUGUGGAAACAACAAUGCAUGUCGAUCCCAUGAGACACUAAAAAGUCGGAAAAGAAAUGGAACUUCAUUAUCCUCGCAUGUUAUUACAAAAUAUAUACAUUUAAGCACAUCACAUUGCCAACUUUUCACUCAGCCUUGUGAUCCACUUAACACAAAAGAAGAUUUAGUUUUCAAUCACCUCAGUACAUUAGUAAACCAAGGUUCUUACAAAGAGUUUGAGGCAUGCGCCCUGGGUAUCCAACAAAGGCAGAGUAGCAAUAUCGGCAUGAUUUGCACUAUAGAAUAUCUAUUCGCCUGUAGGUUUUUAAAUACUGCUGAUGUAGAUUCUGCUAAAGCAUAUAUAAAGUCUGGAUUCAAAUUAGCACAAAAAACAUGUAAUCCUAAGUAUUUUACUCUAGAAUUUUUCACUUGUCAAACGCGAAUGUUGAUAAUAAAGAAAAAACACGGCAAACUUCAGAACGCACUAGAUGAUGCAAAAAUGAUCAUAGAAGCCGAUCCUAACAGUUGUACAGGGCGAGCUGCGGGCUGGUUAUAUAUGAAUGAUGUAAAAAAAAUAAUGAUUCGAAUGUUUUUGUUAAACCCCAAAAGAUCAUAUUACUCAUCCUUGUACGAACAUUUGUACAAGCAGGCCAUGGAUAGCUGUCAGAAAUCAUUAGAUCAUUUUAAACGUGACAAAAGUAAAGAUGGGCCUUUCGGGUUUGGCUUUGCUUUGUGCCGACUGGUCACCUUGUUACUUCGGUGUGGGGAUAAGGGUCAGUAUGAGGACAGUACAGCGCCAGAUCAUGAGAUCGAAAUCGCUGGAAAACAUCUGCAGGAGCUCGAAGAUUCCGAUAUUCCAAUUACCACUUUUCUUAAGGUGCCUGUCCUCCUAGCAAAGAGUGACUAUCAUUAUCGGCGUAAACACACACAAAGGGCUCUGGAAUACGCAGGAGAUGCUCUACGGUUGACUUAAAACAACAUUUUGGAAUUCAAGGAACAGGCUCAAAACCGGGUGAGUUUCCUCAGUGCACAGCUGAACUUGACAAUAACAUAA